GCCACCGACUCAGUGCAAGGCAUGCGAUUAACAUGGUCACACAAACGGUACUGUCGUCAACGUGCGCAGCAUUUGACGACAAAUCCGUCAGACGCGACUGCUACUUCGGCACGUGUGUUCCGCACAAGACAAAUGAACGGCAUGCGUGCUUUAAUAACGCUGAUUUUAAUGAUAUCCACAAACUCGGUGCGAUCGUGGGCAUGCCCUUCGGACUGCAUCUGCUUAUCGCACACACAAAUCCUCUGCAACUCCGGACACCUGACGUUUGUGCCACUUCGCGACUUACCAAAAACCGUCGAACAUUUGUCGAUGACCAAAAAUAACUUAACGUAUUUGCCUACCGAUACUUUUAGCGGUCUCCGGCACCUACGAAAGCUAACGUUGGACACCAAUGACAUACACCGGAUAGAUCGGUUUGCAUUUCGUGGGCUCCCUCGGCUCCGGGAAUUAUCCAUCCAGCACACGCCACUCGAAUCGCUCGAUAAGUUCUCGCUCGCCGGUCUCCAGAACGUAACGGCCAUUCUAUUGGGGUACAAUCAGAUAAGAGUCAUACACGAGUUUGCGUUUGCUGGAACCGCCAACAUCAGGCUCAUACUGCUCAACAAUAAUCCGUUACACAUGGUAUCGGCUAAUGCAUUUUCCGGUCUGACAAACGUUGAACAUCUUAUCAUGCCGUCAGGCAUCCAGCAGCUGCAGCCCGAUUCGUUCAAUGGGCUGGACUCGGUAGGUCUGUUGAAACUAUCAUUCAUGGACUUGACGUCACUGAAAUCGUACACGUUCCGCGGUCUUAGCCACGUGCAUGUGCUGUCCAUCCAAGACUCGGACUUGGGAGUAAUCCGGGCGGACGCUUUCGCGGGUCUAGUGCACGUUGGUAGUCUUAACCUGCUGAACAAUAAGAUCGAUGCAAUGCAGAGCCUAUCCGUGACACGGGACAAUCGCAUCCGGCACUUCCGGUUUAAUGGCAAUCAUGUGCUAGACAGCCCACGACGAGGCACGUUCGUAAGCCUUGCUACCGCUGUUUCCGAAGGGUUUACUGUGGUUGGUAAUCACUUUCCGUGCGACUGUCAUCUAUUCCGGUUUAUAGACAGCCGUCCGUUCGGCAACGCAUCCCAAGAUCUUUUUAUCGGCAAGAAUUAUUGCAUUUCGCCGUUGGAGCUUAACGGACAGCCUAUCGCUGUUGUAGAUCCUACGGUUAUUGAUAAGUGCUUGCAAACGUCAGUAGCUGCCCCUCCUAGGACCAAUACCGGCGUUACCAUGACCGCGGUCUUGGUUGCAGCGGUGGUCCACGUAUUGACUGGUUUGUUUUUGCACGAUUUAGCAGUGUAAUUCUUUUGCAUGUGGGGGACCGUCCAAAAUCAUCGCCACCUAUUAUAGUCAUAAAUUGUCCAUCGAAUACUAUUGAAAUAUUUUAAUUAUAUAAUACCAUUAUAAAUAUUGUUAUAAUAUAGAUGUAUCAUCAUAUGGAAACCGUUAAAGCCAAAAAAUUGUUAAUACUGUGUAUUUAAUUAUCAGGAAAUCUUCACGAGUUAAUGUGUUUCACGCCGUUGGUCGUUAAAGUGGUUUCGAGCGAACAUUAAUUGACAUAUUUGUAGAUAAGUAAUGUUUUUUUUUUCAUUGAUGCUAUUAUAAUAUUUUGACAUGUAAAGAAUAAUAAUGUAUUUCAGUUACGUGUUUAUUUGAUUGAAUGUUUAGGACAAAUGUAUUUUCAUCACAUAUCAGCUUACAUAUCCUCAAAAAUAAAAUUUUUUCUAAAAAUCUAAACGUAAUUUAUGAACUUUGACGCUAAGUAAA